AUGGAUAGUAAUAUUUUAAUAGGAACACUUAUUUACAUAAUUAUUUGGCUUAUAUCUUGUAUCAUAUUUUGUCUUAUUUUUGGAAAAGAUGGAAAAAUAUCAAAAAAGGACAUGAUUAAAUUAAUUGUUACACUAGUUUCAUUGGCAGUAUUUUGUUUAUGGAUAUUCUGGUUAUGUGUAUAUAUAUCACAGUUAAACCCAAUGAUUUUACCACAACGGAAAGUUAUAAAUUAA